CUCUUCUAGUUCUAUAUUUAUCAACGUCACAUGAGUAUAUUUAAAUAAUUACCUCUUUUUGAAGUCUGAAGGUGUUUCUUUUUGUUCAGUAAAAAACUUUUUUUUUUCGUAACUUGCACGCAAUGUCUACCAUGAGUCAACCUGGUUCACCGUUAAUUGAAUUUGCGUUGGAAAAAUCCAGGUCAGCAGUGAACCGAGAUUCUGGUGUUGGUGAUAAAACAUCUUUGAAAAUGUAUAAAGAGGCCGUGGAUGCACUACAAAAUGUUUUAGACGAUGACGCAGAUGUUACGAACAACAAAUCAAGACUUAAAACAAUUCAGGAAUCUUAUUUAAAAAGAAUCGAAUUCCUUUCUUCGUCUUUGCAGAUGAAAACCAGUAAACGGAUUAAUGCUUCAGCCCCAACCACAUCAAUUAUGAUUUCUAUCAAUAAACGCAUGCCGAAGAAAGAACCUAAAUUGGACUUAAAACCUUCCAUGAGCACACCAACUAGUACAACCAUGUUAAUCAAACAGAAGAAGAAGAAAAUUGGAAAUACAAACAAAAACAGAUAUUCUUCAGAUUUUUCAAGCACUGGCACACCACAAAUAUUAUCGAGGAAUCAGUCCUCACCAACCCUACAUUCGUUUGAACAUGUUGACAUUGAGCAGGAUUGCUUUGAUCUACAGGCCUUAACUGACAACAUGUCGACAGAAAAACAAGACGAAUGUAAAAGACAAUCUGCCGAUUCACAAAGUACCAUAGUGACUAAUGUCACUACAACUCCGCCGACAGAACUAAGUUUAUCGAGCAGCGAUUCCACUUUGCAUGAAGACAGUAAUUCGCUUCGAAAAACAUUUUCUGCACGUGUUAUUCAUAAAAAAUCAUCGACUGUUGUCACGGAGCCCUUUCAACCUCAAAUGGAACGAAGUGUAAGCACUUCAAGCUUCCAAACACUUUUGGGAAGAAGAAAAAGUUCAAAGAAACAACUCAAGUCUGAUUCAAAAUUAACUUCAACUGUUGAAGAAACCUCAAAAACCUCAUUUGCUGCUUUACUACAAAAUACAACAAAGCUUAAUAAAAGAACUACAACUCCCUCUGUAGAUUUAGGCCGAUCCAAGAGCAAAAAAAAAUGGUCCAUCAUUGGUAAAAUACCACCCUCCUUUUUGGAUCCUACCGCGUUUAUAGCUGGACCACCUAAAGAUGAGGAGCAUGUGCGUGCAAUUAAUAACGACGCAUUAGUGUCAUUGGAUCUCAUGAACAAAUUGCUCCAAAGUAUGCUACACGGUGGUUAUAUCACACCGAAUUUAUAUAUACCAAUGGAUUUAUGGUAUCAGCCCAAUGUACGAUUGCCUACAACAGAUGGAAAAAUUGCUGCUUGUGAAUUGCUUUUAAUUGCGCUUGAAAGAAUGGAUAAAAGAAAAAACUUUAGUGAUUCCUCCACGGUGGAGACAGAUCUAAAAGUUCUGGAGCAAACAUUAAAUCGGAUUAAAUAUACGCUGAUUAAAAAAUUGGGAUAUUUAAUUUCCCCCGGCGGUGAAAACGAUCCAUCUUCCUUAGUAGAUCAUCAUCAUCAUGGCCAAUCCUCUUCGAGAUAUUCGAGUUACAUGAGUUCAUUGAUAGGCGGAUCCUCUGGGGUUAAAACUUCACAGACACUCUCGGCUUGGAGUUCAAAACUCUCGAAAUCUGUUGAAAGAAUGAAAUUUGAAGCUUCUAAAGCCAUUCCUACGGGAGAGCACAAUAAUGAUAUCUACAUCAAGACAUUAAUUCGACUGUUUACGGUGGUUAAAGUCUUGGAGCGUUGGAAUACAAAGCUGACUCUUUUAAUUGAAAAUGAAUCAUCGCAAAAAUCAUCUUCCUAUAAACGUGCACGAAAUACUAACGAAGCUUGUAUCAAUUUGCUACGAUCCACCAUUUGUGAAUUCGUUUUAAAAGAUUACGAAGUUUUGCUAGAUAGAUGGCUAAGACGAAGCUCGGAUUGGAUCUUUGAUUAACUGUUCAAUGUACCAUGUUAAAUUAUACCAUUUACAGCCUAAUAAAAUAAUAUUACUCCAUUCUGCGCUAAUGCAGGG